CAGGUGCUGCUGCUCAUGUUCGUGGUGCCGCCGCAGCCGACGGACCCCUUGGCCGCGCGGCUGGGCCCCCGCGCCGCGCCCUGCUUCUGGGCGUCCGCCGAGGCCAGCCCGCAGUGCCGCGGCGCGGUGCAGCGCGGGCCCUCCAGCUUCUUCUCGGACUUCUCGACGGAGGCCAGCCCGCAGUGCUACAACGCCUCGCAGCGCGGGCCUGGCGGCUUCUUCUCUGCGGAGGCCAGCCCGCUGAACCGGGCGCCCCACGGCAGCCCCGCUGGUCUCGCCACCGUGGAGGCCAGCCCCGUCAGCAAGGGCCGCGCCCGAGACGGCGAGAGCUUCUGCCCGAGCAGCCCGCCCACCAAUGCGGCCGCGCCGCCGGCGGGGACCUGGACGUACACCGCCGACAAGGCGCUGGGCAGCGGCUCGUUCGGCGUCGUCUACCGGGCCGUGGUGAACGAGACCGGGGAGCACGUGGCGAUCAAGAAAGUGCUCCAGGACAAGCGCUACAAGAACAGGGAGCUGGAGAUCAUCCAGGAGCUCAGGCACCCGAACGUCGUCGAGCUGAAGCGCUUCUUCUUCACGACGGAGGACAAGACCGGGGAGACGUACCUCAACCUGGUCAUGGAGUACUGCUCGGACACCCUGCACAGAGUCGUCAGGCAGUACACCAAGCUGAGGAAGCCCGUACCCGACCACCUCGUGCAGCUCUACUCCUACCAGAUGUGCCGCGGUUGUGCGUACAUCCACGCGGUGGGCGUCUGCCACCGGGACAUCAAGCCGCAGAACAUACUCGUCGACGCGAGGACGGACGCGUUGAAGCUGUGCGAUUUCGGUUCCGCCAAGCGGCUGCAGAAGGGCGAGUCCAGCGUUGCAUACAUCAGCUCCCGCUACUACCGCGCGCCAGAGCUGAUCUUCGGCGCCACGCAGUACGGCACGAAGAUCGACAUCUGGUCGACGGCCUGCGUGGCCGCCGAGGUGAUGCUUGGCCAGCCACUGUUCGUCGGUAAGAACAACGUCUCGCAGCUUGUCGAGAUCAUCAAGGUUCUCGGGACGCCGUCCCGCGAGCAGGUCUACGACAUGAACCCGAACUACCAAGAGUUCCAGUUUCGUAACAUCAGGCCGCAGUCCUUGAGGAAGGUGUUUCGCCCCAACACCUCGCGGGAAGCUGUCGACUUCAUCGCGUCACUGCUGGUGUAUGUGCCCGACCACAGGCCUACGGCGCUGCAGGCCUGCGCGCACGCCCUCUUCGACGGCCUGCGCGCGGCGGGCGACGCGGCGCGCGGGCACCCAGGCCGCCUCUUCGAGUUCAGCGCGGAGGAGGCGUCCCAGAUGGACGACGAGCUGAGGGCCCGGCUCGCCCCCCGGCCCAGCUGCGAGGGGCCCCGCUGAGGGGAGUGGCUCGCCCAUCACGGUCCACCGCCGUGCGCGUGUGUUGGGGGGAGUGUCGGGCGCUUGCUGCGUCGAUGGGCCCCGCCGUUCCCCGCUGAGGGCCGGCCGUGCUGAGGGCCCGCCGCGCACGGGACCCGCUGAUCCAGAGCAGGAUCUGGAGGAGGAGGAACUCCAGCUGAAGAGCUCGCCCUGCUCCCGCCCAGGGCCUCGCUGCGCCUCGGUUGCUCAUGCUUGCGGCGGCCAGGCGCCCAGGCGCCCUCUUGUAGGGCGAGGCCGCGCGGGUUCUCUCCCGUCGCGGGUGGUGAGCGCGCUUGCCGGCCGCGCGCAGGGGUGGCAUUACUCGCCAUAUCCCUAUAGCCCUUUAGCCCUUUAGCUCUAUGAUUUGGGUCUCUCUCUCUCUCUCUCUUUCUGUCUCUCUCGCUGUCUCUCCGGCUUUAGCCGGAUCCAUCGGCCCGAUUCGGACCGCAUUUGGCUGCGCGGCCUCAUACAUGGUUAAUGCAAGCGAGGGUUGACAUUGUACAGAUUAGUGCAAUUGUCUGCGAGCUCUCGGUCAUCUCGUCCCCAUCCCCAGCCCUCAUCCUCCUCCUUUUU